UGUUUUCAAACUCCAGACGCAGGCAUACAGCAAUGAAGAUGGCGGCGGCGGGGUCCGCCAAAUCCGCUGGACUAGGGCAGAGAGGAAAAACAAGGCCAGACGCUCUCUCUGCACCGCUGUCUCUGGAAGAAGCUCGGUGCCCGGUAUGCUCUGAAAUCCUGCUGGAGCCGGUAACGAUGCCAUGUGGACACUCUGUAUGCCUGCAUUGUUUCCAGCGGACGGUGAAGUUGAUCAGUCUCUGCUGUCCGCUGUGCCGGCUGCGAGUGUCCAGCUGGGCCCGCAAACAGUCCCGGGAGAAGAGCCUGGUCAACACCGAACUCUGGGACCUGGUCCGCCUCAGUCACCCGGAGAGGUGUAAGAGGAGAAUGGAGCAGCGAGAUGGAGAGACGGCGGAUGAUGAUAUUUUUCGAGCACCUGAACCAAUUCAUAAACCUGGAGAAAUGCGGCAAGAGUACGAAAAACAAAAAAUCAAGGGUGGAGGCAGUGAAGAAACUGAAGAGAGAAAGAAAAAAGUCCCCUUACACAGAAAGGAUGAAUGCGGGAUGCUAAAACAUUGUCAAUAUCCUUUCUGUGGAGUUUCAGACUCUGAGAAUGAAGAGCCCGUGGGAAAGAGGACCAGACAUGUUUCUGCAUUUGUGAGAAAAACAAAGUGCUCCCCUGCCUUCAAUAGAGGUUGCCUUCAUAGCAGUGCCGUUCAGAGGAGUAGGAGCUGUACCGACUCGGACGAUGGCAAAGGAAAGAGCAGAGGUCACCCACAUCAUACUGUACCUGAAAAGGCUUGCGUCACUUAUAGUUUCAAUGCUGGAAUACUUCUGUCCUCUGAGAACAGUAGGUCUUUCUCUGCCCCGAUACUCAGCCUGGAUAAGAAGCACCACUGGCGGGGUCUACACGCCUCUUCUGCUUCACUCAUGCUUCAAACCAAAUCCGAGAGGUCCAUUAGCCCGGAAAGCAAUGAUAGCAUAUCAGAAGAACUCAACCAUUUCAAGCCUAUUGUUUGCUCGCCUUGCACCCCACCCAAAAGACUGCCUGACGGACGACUUUUGGAACCCACGAUUGUAAAGUCAACCCCCAGGAAUUUGACGCGUAACCUGCACAAGUCCACGAGCUACGAGGCCAGCCCCACCAUCUUGCAGAAGUGGAAGCAGAUCGAAGUUGAUCGUCAGUCUAUGAAGGUGUUAUCCAAGGGUACCAUCACAAGUCCAAUUGCAGAGGAUCUUAGCCUUAAAUUAAGUCCUGUUAAAGAGCAGGAGAGCCGACCUUGCAGUUGUGUUAUAGCUGAGGAAAGCUUGCAGGAUCAUCCAUGCUCUUGUGUUGCAAGUGCAAAAAAGUCAAAAAAUCAGAAGGAAAAACAUGUAGUUAGUAAUAAGCGACGGCUAAUUUUCGAUCAGUGUAUGAAAGAGGAAGGUACAUCGCCAGCUAGUGCUCUCAUCAGGUUAAAGACCAAAACUGUUGCAGAUACUUCAACCCGAGACGGGCACGGCAGAUGUGAAACACUUUGCGAAUAUGGACUAUCAGAGAUGAAUGAAAAGAUGUUUGACAAACGUGUCGGACGUCGCAAUAAGGACACUGUAGACCCUGAGAACCUCAUAAACGAGCCCGCUACCAGUUGUGUACUUAACAGACCUACCUCAAGACGGGGCAAAAAGAGAAGCCACAAAACCAAACAUUUGGAAGAGACCGUACAGACGAAACUUUCCAGGACGGAUACUUGCAAUCCCUUCGACAGGUUUGACGAUCCGGUCGUCCGAAGAAUGAAUCAGGAAAGGACUGACAGAGAACUAGCGCUAAAGCUACAGAGACAGUUUGACAGAGAAUGUCAAAAAGUGGACAGACACAAGACAAGUUAUGAACUACGAUCCUGGGCCACAAAAGAUGGAUUAGUUGGACAUAAUACACGAAGAUCAAGAAGAACCUCUAAAAGAACUGAGCACUUUAACUUGAGUUCUUAAAUGGACCUACGUUUAGUUUCUGGGGAAGUCUUGAAUCAUUCAUCUAAAACUCACCUAUCAUACGCAUUUUCUUUCAGAGUUCAUUAUUUAGGUGAUAAAGUAAAAUUGUAGCCUAGGGCCAGAAACGUACUCUUGUACACAAGUAUGCAGUUUUAUUUUUUUACAAAUUUAUCACAAAAUUUUAACAAACCAUCUCUCCAGAUCUAACUAUGUGUUGUGUCUGCCCAGUGUAAAUAGCUGGGAUUGGUCCACUUGUAAUCAGAAGCUGAAAAUUUAAGCCGACUGUGGUGUCAUCUCAGUUGCCUGCAUCUGAACCAAAACAUUUGUACUUAAACGCGUUGCAAAACUGCAUAAUGUACAGGUUUAUUGUGGCGCAAAGGGUCUGGUUUCACACACAUUAGGGGCUAAAUUUUGUGAUACCAACCUGCUGCCUGUACAUUAUCCUGCUUAUUACAACACUAUUUACCUCAUAAGUAAGGUAAGGAACAAUAAAUAUUGAUUUUAAGUAUUUUAUUUGCUUAUUUUUAACAAAUACAGACCUAACGUGAAGAAAACCUAUUUACAUCGGUUUUAAGAUAAGAGGUUCAAAGGUCACAAACACGCUUUUUGGUUUAAUCAUUGGAAAAUAUAAUGUCAUGUGCAUUAUUAAAAGACAUAUUUAUAUUUAAUUUUGUGUUGUAUUAAACUACCUGUCAAAAUGAUUUGCAGCAUCCGGGUUACCGUGUGUUAUUAGUUUUGAGUGGUAGUUAUCUGAAAAGAACAAACCUUAGAAUGUGAAUGGCCAAACAGAAUCAAGCAUUUUAGAGAAUCGUGUAAUAAAAGAAUAUUAGGCACAAAUGUUUAGCCAAUGUUUUUCAAGAGUGGUUUAGUUUUAAUAAUGCUCGGUACUCGUAAACAAUCUUCAAAUGACUCUACUAUUAAAUUGCAUGUUGUUUAGGUAGCUAACUUUUAAAAAAUUGUGUUGUAUUCAAUACAUUAUGACCAGGGUUGGGGAGUAACGGAUUACAUGUAACAUGAUUAUGUAACUGCGAUACAAAAAAAAGAUUAACUGUAAUCAGUUACAGUUAUGUAAAAACAGUAAUCAGAUUACAGUUACAUUUUGUAAAAAACUGAUUAUAAUUGUUUCACUUGCUGGUGCAUAGGAUGCGAUGUGCGCAGAGCUUGCCGCUGGGUUCAGCGCAGCCAAGAUGGAUACCCUGUUUGAAUGCCCCUUUUCUAUUGGUCGCAUGUGUAAUCUUCACAGAGUGCAGCGCAAAAGUUAAACUAUUUUGAACUUUGACCGCUUGCGCUCACGCUUUGGUCGACGCAACAACAAACCGCCCUCGCGCGGCGCAAGCCAUUGAAAUAAAUGUGUUUAAUAGCGCAGCGCACACCGCGUCCUAUGUGAAAGCCGCAUCAAUUUAUUCUCGUUAUAUUGACUUUAUUCUCAAAAUAUUACCUUUUUAUUACCUCCCAAAAGUAAUCAGAUUACAUUAAUUUUAUAUUUUGGUGCUACGAUUAAGAAGUAAUUUGUUACUGCAACAGAAUAAAUUUUAAAGUAACUCUUUCAAGUCUGAUUAUGACAGAAAAAAACCUUUAAGAAGGUGUUAUGUGUGACCAUUAAUUUAGCAUAAUCAAUUUUAACCAGGCUUAGCUAUAAUGUGUAUCAUUGUAUACAAAUCUGAGUGUAUGAGCAAACGGUUUAUGCUAAUUCCUUCUCUAGCACCACCUGUGACAAUGCUUAGACAAAUGCAUAUCUUUAUUUUGUUUGACACAUUUUGCAAUGCACUGGCUCGUGAAAUCAUAUAUGCACCGCUGGAAUUGCUGUGUUUGCAUACUUGUGUACUGUGGAAUAUGUUUCUGGCAUAGAUGUGUGCAAAUAUGUUUUCUAUUAUAAAGUAAAAUGGCUAUUAAAUAGUUUGCUCUGUUAAAGGCACUGUGUGACAAUGUUGACUUUUGUCAGGGUUUGCAAUCAAGCGGUUUUAUUUUGUUGUUUUAUAUAAAUGUGUGUUUUUAUUAUUAUUUUAUCAGCAACACUUAUUUAGAUAACCGUUGGAAGAGCGUGAAACACAUCUAAAUAAUGACUUAAGUUAGUGAAGAUAGGUUGAGGGAAUAUACUGUUCGCAAGUAAACACAUUUGGACACACUGCAUUUAACACCAGAAUAAAAAAAUAUAUGUAUUAGCUCAUCAUAAAGUGCUCUCCGUAAGUAUUGGAACAAUAAAGACAAAAUUGAUUUGUCUUUAUUUUAUUUUAUUUUUUGCCUAUGAAGGGCACUGUAUGGCAUACCUCGCAAAACAAAUAUUUGAUUAUUAAUAUUAAGAUUUUUUUUGUAAUUGUAUUCCUCCUUAAAUAAUUAGUUUUUAUUUUUAGCUACUGUAAAACACUACUUUAAAGGGCUGUGUUUUUCCAUUUAACAACUUUAUUUUUUAGGUGUUUAUUAAGAAAUAUAUGUUGUACGUUGUGCCAACCAAGAAAGCUUAAACUAGGGAUGCACAGAUACAAAAUCUGUGUUGAUAUCAAUUUUCAUUUACUUGAAAUGACAUCUACCAAUACCGAUAGAUACCGAUCGUUUUGCUUUUUACUCCUAAUCUUAGAAGUGCAGAGCGUACAAACUGCAAUUCUGUUGUCAGUGUCAACCAAUUAAAAAUAAUCACACAGCAUGAGUUCUGAUGCUUGUGUGUCAGAGUAUGUUUUUAAACCAUCGGCAGAUGCUUUUUAUGCUUUAAAAAAAAGCUUUUAUCUGCCGAUACCUAUUAUAAGCCGAUAUAUUGGUGCAUUCCUACGUUUCUUUUUCUGAAAAUUGGCACAUUCACUUGUAUGAGUAUAUUUGUACAUUUAAUCUAGCUUGCCUUCAUCUUGAUUUUUUGAGGGGUUUUUGUUUUUUGAUUGUCACUUUAUAUAGACAAUCCAUUUCUUCCCUGUUUUUUUUAUUGAUAAUGUGCCAACAUGGCUAAUUUAUGAAAAUCUGGCCAAUCCUUUAUUUUCUUUAUUGUUUUAAACUGUUAAUUUUAGGCUGUAUGAUGUUUAUUGAUGUUGAUUCAAAGACUUUGUCAAGAAUUGGCUGGUUGGCUUUCAAAGCACUUGGAGAGUCUUCCAUUCUUUAAACGUAUUUGAUGGGUUUGAAUGUGGAAUAUUGUGGAAAGCCAGAUGUCGUCAGACAUGAAUAUUUAUUUGGAAUGGACUGUUUUCAUCUGACAAAAAACGCAUACUGUAUAUGGUAUUACAAAAUCAAAUGAUUUAGUGUUUCUUAAAUCUGCUUUGCUUUUUUAAUCUGUCAUUGCAACGUCUCAUUUGAUGCUCAGGAGGGUAUAAAUAUUUUGUUGUAAAGAGUACGAUAAGCAAUAUAGAAAUCGUUAAGGUGAGUGUGUCUGGUGCACAUUUUUAACUGUUGCAACAUUAAAACUGUUUAAAAGCUG